GGCUGUGUGUCUGUCCCUCUGUCCGCCGCUGUACCGCUAGGAAGGGGGGGGGGGAUGCAGGCGCUGGGGUGGAGCACCGUGGAUGCUGAUACACAGGAAGAUGAAGGAGCCAGACCUCCGAGAGGCCAACCACCAGCCACUCUUCCUCAAAAUCCCAGACUUGGGGGAUUUUUUGGGGAGGGGGGCGGUGAGAGGCGUGGUGAGGAUUUUGUUUGUUUGUUUCUUCGUUUUGAGACAGCAUCUUAUACUAUAAUACAGGCAGGUCUUGAACUCCGGUAACCCUUCUGCCUCAGCUUCUAAAAAGCUGGGGUUACAGGCUGAUCCAACCACAGCCAGCAAUUUGUGAAUAAAACACACACACACACACACACAAACACAAAAGAGGCUUUUUUUUUUGUUUUGUUUUGUUUUGUUUUUUUCAGUUUAACAGGAAUCUGAAAUUUGAUCCUGUUCUAGGCUUUAAGGGCUCAAGGUGAAAAGGUCACUGUACUCUGACCUUUGUGAAACUUUGAUGAAGGAAACAGACGCAUCUAGGCAGCAAUGGGAACAGUUUCAGAGCCGGACGUGGUGGGAUACACCUGGAAGCCCAGCACUCAGCGAGCAGAAGCUCAGGGCAGCCUGCUCUACAGAGCAAGUUCCAGGCCACUCCUAGCUACUUAGCAAGACUGCAAGACUGUGUGCCCCUACCCCCCAAGCAGAAAAGCUUAAAGCUUGCUUUAAAUUGUAAAGAGGGCUCUUAAUAUUUAUAUGCUUAAAAUCUUAAAAUUCCAGCCUUCAAGGAGCUGAGGCAGGAGAGUGAGUUUGAGGACAGCCUGGGCUACACAUUAGGCUCCUGUUUCAGAAAGAAAGGAAGGUGGGUCAAUCAGUCUCCUGUGGUGGUGGCUUACACUUUUAAUUCCCAGCACAAGAGGCAAGUGGAUAUCUGCAGCCAGCCUGGUCUACAUAGUAAACUCCAGGCCAGGGUUAAGUAGUGAGACCCUGCCUGAAUAAAAUAAACACACACACACAUACACACUCACGCACGCACACGCGUGCGGCGGUGGGGGGUUGGGUGGGUACUGUUUUAUUUUGUUAUGGAAAUUUUCAUGCAGAGUGAGGAGACUUAAAGAACUCCAAAGCCCCAGGCACCCUCCACCCCAUUUCCACCCAGAGCGCUGCAUUUAUUGAGACCAGUGCUGUGUCAAUUUCCCUAAAUCACUCAAUCUGCAGGAGCUGUAUCAUCAAGGAAGGCCCUUCGGAUUGGCAUCAAUACCAGGAGAGAGUGAGCUCGGAGCAGCAGGGACAAAGGGUUUUCCCGAUGAAUCGAAAGGCAAGAUCAAAGCCUGAGACAGCAAAGGGAUUACUGUGUUUGAAGUGCUGGGGAUAUGGACCAGAUAAAACGGUGGGUGGGUCCAGAAGAGGCGUCAGGGACACAAGUUUGACUGGGAGACCAGGUGUGGGAGGUGCAUACCUGCCACCCCAGCCUUUGGGAAGCUGAGGCAGGAGAACUGCAGGGAGUUGACGAAAACCACCCGGAGCUAGAGUGAGUUCCAGAAUACACAAGGAGACUCUCAGAAACAAAGCAAAACACAACUAUUCCUUUUCUGUGGUGUAAUGGGACUCUAGAGUUUUAAAUUGCUAGUGAUAAAAGCAUUCGGGAAGGAGAGGGCUGUAGGGAUGGCUACAAAUAGUCAGCAUGAAGUUAUGGCCCUUUAAAAUUACCCACAGGAGCUGGGCUGGCUGCCAUAUGCCUGUAAUCUCAACAUUCAAGAGGUAGCGUUCAAGGUCAUUUUCUUCGACCCAGGUGUUGGAGGCUAGCCUGAGCUACAUGAGACUCUGCCUCAAAAAAGAAAAAAAAAAGAAAGAAAAGAAAGAAAAACAAAAAAAGAAAUAAAAAAGCAAACACCUAUAGCAGACUUUCUAAUUGUGCUCCACGGAAAAGCUGCCUUGACUCCCUCUAAGAAUGCAAGCACUACUUUGCCUCUGGAAAUUUGCAUCAGCUAUUCCCUCUGCUUUUUGGCAUUCUACUUGGCUCCAGUUCAGACCUGGCUUAAAAAUCAGCCCUUGGAAGCCCUUGCAGAACCUCGAGCUGGGGCAGGCGUUUCUGGCAUCCACGGCCUCCUGCCGUCUACCUCUCUCUCUUCCAGGUCUUGACAGUUCUAAGUAUUUGUCUAAUCAAAUGUGGUUCGUUUUCCUUAGACUGGGGGUUCAGAUCUCUCGCAACGCAGAAACCACGUGCUGUCCAGGAAUUUAUCCUAGGUGACAGGGACGUGAACGGGGUCCCAGACCUUCGGUAGUUUCGGGACAAGGUUGCCAGCCCACCACGAUUAAGUCUGCAGUCCCCUACACGCAUGCGCUUUAUUUUUCCAGGUGCCCCCCCCCUCCCCAUCCAUAUGCUAAUCACUGCGCUCUGAAGAACAGCCUCUCCCGGGAAUAUGCAAAUCACAUCCUCCAGUGCGGGAGGCCUUCCUUUGUCCCGCGCUAGGAUUAUGCAAAUGAGCGAGCCUCCAGCCCGGGGGAUCCGGGCCGAGUAUUUAGGCCCCCACUCUCCCCCCUCAUUCCAAGGCAUCCACUAUUUAUAAGGCGCGUUCGCUCUACCGCGCACGCACGCACGCGCGAUUCUUAAAGCUUCUUCACCCUUCGGGCCGCAGACUGUACCAAGUCUAGCGGGGCCGUGAGCGGCAGAGCCCGCCACCCCCGCCGGCGUGAGCUCUACAGCCUUCGCCAUCCUCUGAGCCCCUCUUCCCAUCGACCUCCGGGAAUGGUCCAUCUGACCGCGCACGCGCCCCUCGCUCGCCCCUCGCUCGUUCGCCCGUUCGCUCGCCCGCUCGCCUAGCCUCCCGAAACGCAGGCGCAGUGCCCGGGCGUGCAGCCGCCACCGCCGAGCCUGAUCCGGGGCCGCCGGCGUCGAACCUGGGAAGCUGAAGUUGGAGGAUUGCAAGUUCAAGGCCAGCCUGGACUGUAUAGUAAGAGUCUAAAGGAGAGUGGAAACCGUAUUGUUUUUAGUCCUACACUGCCUGGUCUUGCAAGGUCCUGUCACAAUGCAGUAGGAGGAAGAAACGUGUGCAUUGAGAGAAACAGGAAUUAUGGGAGCCAAGGAGCAAUGUGGAUGGUUAUAGCACCCCUCUCUACCUGCCAACAUCCUGUAUUAGAGGAGCUUGUGGCUGGAGGUGUGACCGCGGGAGAGCUGGCCGGGGAGGGACCCUGCUCAGUCGCUGCUCUGCUCCUGUCUCUUGUCCCCUCCCCCCGCCAUGACAGAGACCCGUGAACCCACUGAGACUGGAGGCUACGCCAGCUUGGAGGAAGAUGAUGAAGACCUUUCCCCAGGCCCGGAGCAUUCUUCUGACUCUGAAUACACUCUUUCAGAGCCCGACUCUGAGGAGGAGGAGGAGGAAGAGGAAGAGGAGACCACUGAUGACCCCGAAUAUGACCCUGGCUAUAAGGUGAAACAGCGAAUAGGUGGGGGCAGGGGUGGCCCGUCCCGCCGAGCCCCCCGAGCAACCCAGCCUGCUGGCCCACCUGCACAGCCUUGCCAGCUCUGCGGCCGAUCAGCGCUGGGAGAGGCCCCGCCGGGUACCCCACCUUGCCGACUCUGCUGCCCUGCAACAGCAACCCAAGAAGCCCCAGGCCCUGAGAGCAGGGCUCUUGGAGAGGAAGAGGAGGAACCGUCUCGCACUGGGGAAACUCGGCCAGCAGGGCGGGAUGGGGACGAAGACGAGGAGGAGGGGGGCACCUACCACUGUACGGAGUGUGAGGACUCCUUUGACAACCUCGGGGAGCUGCAUGGCCACUUCAUGCUGCAUGCCCGGGGCGAGGUGUAGGCGGGGCCACCAGAGUGCUGGUAGAAGGGUGAGGGGAGCAGGGCUGAGGAAGCUGGAAUCAGCGCUGGGGGUCCCGCCCAUCUGUGUUGUCUUAGCUGUAGAUAAUGUGAAGGGCUGAAUAAAAGCCAGAUUCUACAUGUUGGCUCCGCA